AAAACCAAUGAAAUUAAAAUCGUUUUUUUUAACAAGAAACCUAAGGAUGAAGAUUGAUUAGAAUCACUUCCACUGUUACCAGAGAAGAAAGAAUGAGCAGUCGGGCCGACAGAGAGCACGCUGCUUGUUUGGCUGCAGUGGUUCAGCUAUUUCUAUAUAUAUAUAUAUAUAUAUAUAUAUAUAUACUCAAAAGUAACAUCCUUGUCUGCUAUACGAUGAACCUGCUUAUGUGUUUAUUCUGUCUGCUCCUGGAUCUAACCUCGGUCCACAGCCGAAUGCUCAUGCAGAGCCGCAUAAUAGGCGGUCACGCUGCUGCACCAAACUCCAUCAAAUACAUGGUAUCGUUGCAGAGCACAAGCAGCCAACACUUCUGUGGGGGAUCACUAGUUCACAGGUACUGGGUUCUGACUGCAGCGCAUUGUAACAUCGGGGAAGAUCAGAUGAUGAUAGUGGCAGGUGACUACAAAGUAAAUAUCUUCGAGGGUACUGAGCAGUAUGCUAAACCCCACAGGCUGGUCACUCAUCCCUUGUACAACAGCAGCACCAACAAUGCUGACAUCAUGCUCAUCAAGCUGCGUGCCCCUAUGGUCCUGAACAAGUUUGUAUCGCUGGCGCCUCUCCCCAGACAAGGGACAGGCGUAGUCGAAGGCCACCUGUGUCAGGUGUCUGGAUGGGGCCACAAUAGUGUGGGUGGAGGCCAGGUCCCUAUUGAGCUCAGGACGGUCACAGUGCCAAUUGUUUCAGCUGCGAGAUGUAACAGCAGCGACUCUUUCGAUGGCAACAUCACGACAAACAUGAUCUGCGCCGGCUACCAGUCAGGAGGAAAAGACGCAUGCAAGGGAGACUCGGGCGGGCCCCUGGUGUGCAGGGGCCGGGUGUACGGCAUGGUUUCAUGGGGCAAUGGGUGCGGCGACGCUAAGUUUCCUGGUGUGUACACCGCUGUGUCCAGAUUCCGCCGCUGGAUCGAUCAAACUAUCUACGGGCAACACCUGCACUGUUUUGGAUACAGAUGAAGCUGAUGAGUGUUCUCUUGUUAUUAUACCAAUAUAAAAGCAAUGCAUCUUUUGCUCUGAAAGAUUAUAGUUUUAGGAAAUGUCUUUGUCAGCUACCACAGUUACAGAGUUUUCUGGUGUGCUGUUUUCACAAAGUUCACAAUCUGUAAGAAAACACAAUUUUAUGACGAUAAAUACCAUCACUUAGCGAAGAGUGCGAUAUUUGCAUUGUUUUCAGUAAAGAAAAGAGCAAAAUAUAUUUAAAAAAACCCUGAGAAAGACACUUUUCAUGGCAUCAUAAAAAUUAUAUCCUUUUUUUGUCAAAUUAAAAUACAAACUUUAGGGUAUUGAGAUUUAUGUGAUAGACUAACACAAAGCAGUGCAUAAUUGUGAAGUAAAGAAGUACUUCACUUUCAGUUUUUGUUACAAAUAAAAACCUAAAGAAGAACCAGUGCAGCGAACUGCUCUUCUAUGAAGAUCUUUGGUAGAGAACAUUAGUGAAGAAACAGCAUCAUGAGAACCAAAAAAAAGCAGCAGACAGGUCAGGGUUCAAGUUGUGGAAACAUUUAAAGCAGAGUUGGGCUAUAAAACCAAAUCCUAGGCAACGAAUAUCUCACAGAUCACUGUUCAGUCCAGAAAUUGACUAUUACUAUGGGACAUCUAGAAGAUGCUGUUCACCUAAACUGACAGGCCAGGCCAGAAGAGUAUUAAUCAGAGAAGCAGCCAAAAGGCCCUUGGGGGAGAUCCACAGCUCAAGUAGGAGAAUCUUUUGACAGGGCAAUCAUUACUUGUGUGCUCCACAAAUCUGGCCUUUGUCGAAGAGUGUGAAGAAGAAAACACUUGUUAAAAGAAAGCCAUAAGAACCACCAUUUGCAGAAAAUAUCUUUGUUCUGCUACGAAGAGACCAAAAUUGUGACAAAAAAACACUGCACAUCAACUCUAGUGUAAAGCGCUUUGAGCUGUUGGUAUGACUGGAAAGGCGCUAAGCUCAGUUCAUUUACCAUUUUCUUCAGCAGAGACAGCAAAGCUGGUGAGAGUUGAUGGGAUGUUGGACGGAGCAAAACACAUGUCAAUCCUGGAAAAAAACCUGCUAGUAGGUGCAAAAGACUUGAGACUGUGAUGGAGGUUUACUAUCCAGCAGGACAAUGGCCCUAAACAUACAGCCAGAACUAGAAUGGAAUGGUUCACGUCAGAGUACAUUUGGCCUAGUCAAAGUCCAGACCUAAAUCCAAUUGAGAAUCUAUGCCACAGAUGCUCUCCAUCUAAUCUAACUAACUGCUCUAGAGUAAAGAAAAACUGACAAAAACUAAAAUAUAGUGAAUAGCAUCAGUUGUUUUUUUUCCACUUCACAGCUAUGUGCUACUUUGUGUUGGUUUAUCCCAUACAAUAUAAAGAAGUCUGUAAUUGUUAAAUGACAAAAUGUGAAAAAAACUUCAAGAGGUAUGAAUACUUUUGCUAGGAUAAUCGGCUCUUUCAUCUAAAAUAUGUCUUAUUUGAUUUAGAGCCUAAAAACUAUUAUCCAGUUGAGUUGACAGCAUAAAAGCAUUAUUCUAAUGUGAAGAGCUGCUUUCCAGAUCAUCUUGCUGUUAAGUCUGAAGGGAGUAGGUGUGCCAUAUCUGAUCCUUCUUUAUGAAUAGAAAACGUGUAAAAAGUCAGCUCUGCUGCAGGCUCACUUAUCAUCUUUCCUUCCAUUGUCCGCUAAAUUAUAUUGAGUUUAGUUCUUCUGUGAAAACAUGAUUUUUGUCUUUUGCCCCAUCACUGAAUGUGUGGAGGCCUCGCUUCAUCUUGUUUACUCUGAGGAUAUAUUAGUGUUAACAGAAGCCAUCAAAGUGUGGAAAACUCCUAUUAAAUAAAGUUCUCCCCCAUGGGUAAGUUUGAAUCUUGCCAGUUUCAUCUGAUGUGGUCACUUUAUAACAGGUAUAAAGUUGGCAUCCAAUGCUUUCAAAGUAGAUUACUUCAGCAAUAUAAAAAAUAUUGGACACUAUCCG